AAAUAAGAUCCUCCACUCCUCCCUCCUCGGCUGCCCCUGAGGCUUCUGGGUAAUUGCAGUGUUUAGGUCCAUGGAGGAGACAGGCGGUCGGCGGGCGGGAUGGUCACCUGGGCAGCUAAACAGGUUGUCUCACGCCCACAAAGCAGCAGUCAAAGUACUCCGGAGAAUGAAGUACUUUGUGGCCAGACAGAAAUUUCAGCAAGCGAGGAAGCCGUACGACGUGAGGGACGUGAUGGAGCAGUACAACCAGGGACACCUCACCAUGAUGGUCCGCAUUAAGGAGCUACAGAGGAGACUAGACCACACAUUGGGGAAACCAGGAAUGUUUUUGCCAGAGAAAGGCGUAGAUAAGGAAUACCACACUGUGGGAGCCAGACUGAUCCGCCUGGAGGACAAGAUAUACCAGAUGGACCAUAAGAUGGAGGCAGUGCUGAAGAUCUUGGUGGACCAGUACAAGCCCAAGGCAGAGCUGCUCCUGAGGGCCCCAGCCCCAGCCCCUCCACCCCCAGCCCCCUACAGCUCCCGCAUCAGCAUCGUGAGACGCCAGAGCAUCGGCGUCAGCUUGGACGAGGGGCGGUGAUGUCACAGUGGACAGAGAGGCGCCAGUGAUGGACCAGGACCAGGCGUGGACCAGGCAUGAGAUAUUAGCUGCUUGGCCAGGAGGCCACAGACUCAAAUAAAGAAAAAGAGAGUACUCCUGUUACUUCAUUAGGAAGGUGGUGUAGUUUGGCUACUCAUACAUGUAGUACCCCAUGCUACACUUUGUCUCAUAACCCCCAAAAACCUUUAUGUCACUGUCUUUGACCUCUGACCUUAGAGAGAGAAUGUGAACAAGUCAACUCCUGCUUCUGUUCCCCUCUGGUGAAGAGGGGGGCUUGUCUGAAAGUUCCGGGAGGUAGAGAACCUUGAGAGGUAACAUGGCAGAAGCAAACUGACAGCCACAGGCAUACAGUCAUGCCGUCCAUCCUCCGUCCCCCACAUCAUGGUGAACGGGGAUAUGGGGUUCUCCUCUUCUUCAGAAGUUGUUUAUCUCUAUCUCCCUUUGUAAUAGCAGCACAAUGAAAACCUGCUGCUGAAACUUCCACAGCAUAGAGUGUAGGGAAAGCACACAUAAUUCCCCUUUAGUUACAUAAGAUUAGCCUGCCACUUUCACUCCUCUGUAAAUAGUCACAUAAGCUAUGCUAAUGUAUUCAACUGUAUUCAUUCAGUGAGGCACAUCAGAGCACUGAUUAUUAUUAUCAUUUCCAAGCAAACCAACACAUUAAUGACAUUAUUAGGAGCACUCACUAAAGACCACAGCAGACCAGAAGUCUAACAGAGGAAUUCUUCAAAUCCUACUGAUGAUCUUGGCACCAUAAAAACCUAAAUACAGCACCACUAUUUCCAUAUGGCCACCAAUUCAUCUCAGCUUACUGUAUUUAGGCCUGGCGUAUGUUUGUAGGUAGUUAUCAAGUGACAUAGAGAAGGACCAGGAGAUGAUCUGCUGGCUUUGCCCGGAGUGUGUGUCUGUUAGUGGCUGGGCCUGUGCUGCUGGAGCAGAGUCGAGGGGGGAAAAAGCUCUGCAGGAACUAAUCUGGCGCUGAUUUACGGCUACGGUUAAGCUAAUAAAAAUAGCAAAACAGCCGUGACAAGGCAGAGUGCAGUAUUACAGAAAUACAGUGGUAGAAAGAACAGUAUGGGGAGUUAUGGUACGGCCUUUUGCAGUUGACUCAACACCCCGUGCCAAGAUUUUCACUCGGAUAUUCCUAUGAACCACUUCACCACCCACCCUUCUUCAUGCUAAAACAUUUUUAUUUUCCUUCUCUGGACUCCAACUGCUGUAUGCAAUUUGAAAUGAAUUUUCCCCAUUAGAGAGCUGAUUAUUUUUCAUUCUCUUUCUAAUUAAGUGCUGAAUUCCUGGUAAGGGGAGAUUGCUCUGUGUGUGAGUUGACUAAUGAAAAUAAAUACUGGAAAAAUGUGUACAAUUUAAACAGUAGGCUUACAUAAUUUAGUGUGAAGGCCCUGAAAUAUCAGGCUACCACAAAGAGAGAGAGAUGUACCAGGCUUUGAUUUCAAAGCCCUUUAAAGCAUUUGAAUAGAAAGAAUGCUUCUCUUUUAGUUUCUCACAUAUUUCUCGACGGCCGGGACCCAGCUGGGUAUAGCCAGUAGAACAUAUUUUUUUAAAUAACCAAGCUAUGAAUGCAAGCCCUUCCAUUAUUAUAGUAUGAGAGAGAGAGAGAGAGAGAGAGAGAGAGUGACUCUCCACUACUAGUAUAUAUUUUAUUAUUUUGCCGUGGUUGAAGAUGAGUUGUAUGUAUUUUCUAUUAACAGGUUGCUUUUUAAAGCAAGUUUCUUUGACAUAACUGCGCCACAUACAUCUGGCUGACCUGUAUAGUUUUAUAAGAGUUGUGUAUAAUGACAUUGCCUCAUAUUUAUUAUCAUGUGGAACGAUCAACCUGGGAAGUCUCCUGGUCUGUUGAGAGAUGAUGAGAAACAAAGAAUGUUUUAAAACGGAUUGGAAUGACUGUAAAUUAUAUUCACAACCCUCUGUAAAUCUGGU